AUGCCUACAUUUUCGUGUCGGGUUCAAAAUUCGGACCAUACCGGUAUCCCAUACACUAUCGUGUAUAUAACAUUCUUUUCUAUCCAGGAGAACCAGUGGGCUCAGCUCAAGGGAAUUACGGACCUGAAUGGCAAUAUCCGUCUCUGGACGUACCAUAAUAAAAAAAUGGAAACUUCUCACACUAUACUCCAACCGUCAAUUACGCAAGGUAUCAUUACUCUUGCUGCAGACAACAGAUUCAAUCCACCAAUAGCUCAGGACAUUGGGAUCGAGCUCUGGCGCUAUGGGUCGUAUUCGAUUGUCUUCGAGCUCAGUGAAAGUCUCCAGAAAUGUACCGUUCAGCGAUCAUUGAACAAAAAUGGAUUUGUACCGUAUCUCGAAAAUUAUAAAUUUCAUGCAGCCGAUAAAGGUGGACCAUCAAAACUACUGCCAUCAAUUAUGAUCCAGGAACCCUCAGAACUGCCAUGCUCAGAAGACUCGAGACCGCCGUCUCCAUCUGCCCUGCCACCACCAUUGCUUCCGGAUAUUAUUCAGAGGCGAAAAGAUGUUACCAGACUUAGUGCUAGUCAGACUUGGUUAUAA